CCUUCCGACACGCACAAUUUGCAAAAAUCCUCUGCUUUCGCGCCCAUUCAACGCCAUAUUAGCCCAAAGUAAUUUCAUUAGCUAAACUUUCCAUGAAUCAAAUUUUAUAGACCGUUCAGUCCUCAUCCUAAAAUUUCAUUAAAGUUUACAUGGAAAGAGUCAUCAUUGAACCAAAACCAUAAAUGCCUUAAAAAAGGGAAAAAAAAAAAAAAAAAAGACAGCAAAGUUACAUAACAACGUUGCCAGCACCACACCGGGUGGGCAGCCACUCUGCACCACCGCACGCCGCCACGAACUCCGCUCCCACCGCCACAAUCCAACCCCACGAGCCCCCAAUUUCCGGCAACAUCCUCCGCUGGCAAAGCGCCUCCGCUUCCUCUCCAUCUUUGAUCUUCAUUCUACGAGCUUUUUUUCGGGGACGCCCGCAUUGGUCAUAUUGAGACUUGAUUUGGGUUGUGUUUGAAAGUUUGAGAGUUAUAAUUUUGGAAAAAGACAAAUGGGUUAUGUUGGAGCACAUGGUGUGGCUGCUCUGCACAGAUACAAGUACAGUGGUGUGGAUCAUUCAUAUGCAGCCAAAUAUAUCUUGCAGCCUUUUUGGAGUCGCUUUGUCAAUUUCUUUCCCCUUUGGAUGCCCCCAAACAUGAUAACACUUACAGGAUUCAUGUUUUUAGUCACAUCUGCACUGCUUGGCGUUAUUUAUUCGCCUCAGUUGGAUUCACCUCCUCCAUGGUGGGUUCAUUUUGCUCAUGGAUUACUACUUUUCUUAUAUCAGACCUUUGAUGCUGUUGACGGAAAGCAAGCAAGACGGACAAAUUCUUCGAGUCCAUUGGGGGAACUUUUUGACCACGGGUGUGAUGCUCUUGCAUGCGCGUUUGAGUCAAUUGCUUUUGGGAGCACUGCUAUGUGUGGAAGAGACACUUUCUGGUUCUGGGUGAUUUCAGCUGUUCCAUUUUAUGGUGCAACAUGGGAACAUUAUUUCACCAAUACCCUUAUUCUUCCGGCUAUUAAUGGACCUACAGAGGGUCUCAUGCUGAUAUAUGUAGUCCAUUUCUUCACAGCUAUUGUGGGUGCUGAAUGGUGGGCUCAACAAUUUGGGAAGUCUGUGCCCUUUUUAAGUUGGGUCCCGUUUUUCAACGAAAUCCAAACACACAAGGUCGUGUUGUUUCUAAUGAUAGUGUUUGCUGUUAUACCGACGGUCGCAUUCAAUGUGCACAAUGUUUAUAAGGUUGUUCAGGCUAGAAAAGGAAGCAUGCUACUGGCACUGGCAAUGCUUUAUCCUUUUGCUGUACUUCUAGGCGGAGUGCUUACUUGGGAUUAUUUGUCUCCAUCUGAUAUCAUAGCGAAUUAUCCACAUUUGAUCGUAGUGGGAACUGGACUCGCUUUUGGAUUCCUUGUGGGAAGAUUGAUUCUGGCUCAUCUUUGUGAUGAACCAAAGGGUUUGAAAACUGGAAUGUGCAUGUCAUUAUUGUAUCUCCCAUUUGCUAUUGCAAAUGCACUCACGGCUAGAUUGAAUGAUGGAGUUCCUUUAGUUGAUGAGAGCGUGGUUGUUCUUGGUUUCUGCGUAUUCACAGUUGCUCUCUAUUUGCACUUUGCCACAUCAGUAAUUCAUGAAAUCACAACAGCCUUGGGAAUUUAUUGCUUCAGGAUAACUAGAAAAGAAGCUUGAAAUCUGUCGAUCUUUCCUUUUUGGGCAAGCGAAGAACGAUGGAGCUUUUCAGGGCAAGCAAAGAACGAUGACAGUUGUGACUUGAUCCGAUGAUGUUCAAGUCCAACUGAAUCAUUCACUUCUGUAAUAGAUAAAUUAUUUAUUGUUGAAUUUCGGAAUAGAAUAGGUUAUUUAGGUAUGUUCUUUUUUAUUUAUGCAUCAUUAGUACUGCUGAUGUUUUUGGAUAUUGAUGUUGGACAAAAUUGGGGCUUGCAGUUGGUUUUUUGAGGUCGGAAGGUACCAGAAAGUAAUCUAGCAUUCAUACUUGUCUUAGUUUUGGUUCAAAAUAUUGUCUUUAAUAUACAAAAAAUUUUGUGAGGCA